AUGGAUCCUACACGAGCUUUUGUCAAAAGUGUCAAGCGAGUAGUCGUCAAGGUUGGAACAUCCGUGGUGACUCGCAAUGAUGGAAGAUUAGCAUUGGGAAGACUUGGAGCACUAUGCGAGCAGCUUAAAGAGCUGAUUGAUAAGGAUUAUGAGGUUAUAUUGGUGACUUCAGGAGCAGUUGGUCUUGGCCGACAAAGACUAAGAUAUCGCAGAUUGGUCAAUAGCAGCUUUUCGGAUCUUCAAAAUCCACAAGGAGGUUUUGAUGGGAAAGCAUGUGCAGCGGUUGGGCAGAGUAGUCUCAUGGCUCUCUACGAUACGAUGUUUAGUCAGCUUGAUGUAACUUCGUCCCAACUUCUUGUGAAUGAUGUGUUUUUUAGGGACGCAGCUUUCAGAAAGCAAUUGUCUGACACUGUGAGCUCAUUAUUAGAUUUAAGGGUUAUCCCCAUUUUCAACGAAAAUGAUGCAAUUAGUACUAGGAAGGCACCCUGUGAGGAUUCUGCUGGUAUCUUCUGGGACAAUGACAGUUUGGCAGGUCUAUUGGCUGUAGAACUUAAAGCUGACCUCCUUGUUCUAUUGAGUGAUGUUGAGGGUCUUUAUAGUGGCCCUCCAUGUCACCCAAAGUCCAAGUUAAUUCACACAUAUGUACAAGAAAAGCAUGAAACUGAAAUCAGGUUUGGAGAAAAGUCAAGAUAUGGAAGAGGGGGUAUGACUGCGAAAGUUAACGCUGCUGUUUGUGCUGCUUUUGCUGGCACACCUGUGAUUAUUACUAGUGGCUUUGCUACAGACAGCAUCAAAAGAGUUCUACGAGGAGAAAGAAUUGGUACUGUCUUUCAUAAAGAUGCUCAUUUGUGGACCAGUAUAAAGGAAGUUAGUGCUCAUGAAAUGGCAGUUGCAGCACGUGAUAGUUCUAGACGACUUCAGGCUCUAAAUUCUGAAGAAAGGAGCAAAAUAUUGCUGGCAAUAGCUGAUGCAUUAGAGAACAAUGAAAAUAUAAUACGGCUUGAAAACGGAGCUGAUGUUGCUGAUGCGGAGGAGAUCGGAUAUGAGAAACCACUCAUAUCACCUUUAACCCUGACACCUGAGAAGAUCUCUAGCCUUGUAAAGUCUGUUCGCAUGCUGGCUGACGUGGAAGAACCCAUUGGUCAGAUUUUAAAGAGAACUGAGCUAGCAGACAAACUCGUCUUGGAAAAAAUAUCAUGUCCUUUGGGUGUCCUCCUGGUUAUAUUUGAAUCUCGACCAGAUGUCCUUGUUCAGAUGGCUGCAUUGGCAAUUCGAAGUGGAAAUGGUUUACUGCUUAAAGGAGGAAAGGAAGCCAAACGAUCAAAUACAAUCUUACACAAGGUUAUUACUUCAGCUAUUCCAGAUACAGUGGGUGACACUCUCAUUGGGCUUGUGACAUCAAGGGAAGACAUUCCAGAUCUGCUCAAGGCAAAUCUAUUGGUCCCUAGAGGCAAUAAUAAGCUUGUUUCUCAAAUCAAGGAUGGAACAAAGAUUCCUGUUCUUGGUCACGCUGAUGGAAUAUGUCAUGUAUAUGUAGACAAAUCGGCUAAUAUGGAUAUGGCAAAGCAGAUUAUUAGCGAUGCAAAGACUGAUUACCCUGCGGCUUGCAAUGCAAUGGAAACCCUUCUUGUACACGUUGAUCUGUCAAGGAAUGGUGGACUACAUGAACUUGUUUCUGAACUACGACGCCAAGGCGUUCAACUAUAUGGUGGACCAAGAGCCAGUUCCUCGUUGAAUAUUGCUGAAACACACUCUUACCAUACGAAGUAUAGCUCACUGGCCUGUACAGUUGAAAUUGUAGAUGAUGUAUUUGCUGCCAUUGACCACAUACAUCAACAUGGAAGCGCUCAUACUGAAUGCAUCGUUGCAGAAGACUAUGAAGUUGCUGAAGCUUUCUUAAGUCAGGUCGACAGUGCUGCUGUAUUCCACAAUGCAAGUACAAGGUUUUGUGAUGGAGCUCGCUUUGGCUUUGGUACAGAGGUUGGAAUAAGCACAAGUCGUAUUCAUGCCAGAGGUCCUGUCGGAGUUGAAGGGUUGUUAACAAAUAGAUGUCCUUAA